CUGUCUUCCUACUGUCUGCUACAAGCAAUAGGACAAAACACCAUGCAUUUAUAUGUAUCUGUGUAUGAUCUAUAUAUAUGAUAUCAUUAUACAAAUUUGUUUAUUAGUUGAAGGUUGAAAACUAAAUAAAAAUUUUAAAAAAUAAUAAAUGAAGAAGGUGUGUGUAACAGGAGCAGGAGGUUAUAUUGCUUCAUGGGUUGUAAAGUUUUUGCUUUCCAAAGGUUAUAUGGUCCAUGGGACUGUUAGAGACCCAUGUGAUGAAAAAAAGAAUGGUCAUUUGAAGAAGUUGGAAAAUGCUGAAGAGAGGUUGCACCUCUUCAAGGCAGACUUGCUAGAUUACGAAGGCCUUUGUGCCGCCUUUGCAGGUUGCUCUGGGGUUCUUCAUGUCGCCUCCCCUGUUCCUGCUGAUCGACACGUACCUAAUCCCCAAGUGGAACUGCUUGAUCCAGCAAUAUUAGGAACACAAAAUGUAUUAAAUGCGUGUUUAAAGGCUAGAGUGGAGAAGGUCGUGGUUGUCUCUUCCGGAUCUGCAGUUUUAGUGAAUCCCAACUGGCCGUUGGACCAAGAAAUGGAUGAAAGCUGCUGGACAGAUAUAGAAUAUGCCAAAUCUAUUGAACAAUGGUAUGCUGUAUCCAAGACAUUAGCAGAGAUGGAAGCUUUGGAAUUUGCAAAACGAGACGACCUGACUGUGAUAACAAUUUGUCCUUCCCUAGUCAUCGGGCCAAUGUUGCAGCCCAUCAUAAAUACUACUAGUUUACUUCUUUUGAGCUACAUGAAAGUGGAAGGUAGAACUGGAGGGGAUGUAAUGGAGAACACUGAACGUCCUUAUGUAGAUGUUCGGGACUUGUCUGAGGCUAUUUUACUGUUAUACGAAAAUCCAGAAUCCGAGGGAAGAUAUAUAUGCUCUGCGUACUCGAUUAGAACCAAGGAGUUUGUUGCAAAAAUGGAGAGCAUGUUUCCGGGCUACAACUAUCCUAAAAUUUUUACUGAGAAAAAUGGUCGUGCAAUACUGAACUCAAAGAAGUUGAAGGGACUGGGAUGGAAUUAUAGGCCAUUGGAAGAAAGCAUCGUUGAUACGGUAAAGAAUUAUGUAGAUGAUGGUUUGUUGGAAAAAGGGAAGCCAUUUCCAUCUUCAUUGAGGUUCUAGUAUCAUGUUUUAUAAAACAAAAAUAUUAUUGAAGAUGAUCAUAGACUUUCUUUUCAUUCUAAUAAAUUGGGAAUGUUAAAUACAUGGAUAGCAUAUUUUGUGUA